UCUUCUAGGGUUUUGACUUUUGUUCGGUAGCCAUUAACGUAGUUGCAGAGGAAAGCUGGAAAAUAGAGAGUUCGAUGAACUCACACCACUAUAAUGGAGGCUCAGGAGUUUGAAAACCGAGAGAUUUUCCCCGGUUCGAGGUUCUUGAUCGAGAAUCAGAUCAGAAGAAGCUCAAAAUGUUGACCACCACCACCGAUGAGGAAACAGACAUGUCCUGCGGCGGAGGUGUCACGGAGCCUCAAAAAGUUGCCAUAAUCUUCGCGUUUUGCGGUGUAGGAUACCAAGGGAUGCAAAAGAAUCCCGGCGCGAAAACCAUUGAAGGUGAGCUAGAAGAAGCUUUGUUCCAUGCCGGAGCUGUACCAGAGUCCAUUAGAGGCAAGCCAAAACUAUACGAUUUCGCACGAUCGGCACGGACGGAUAAAGGAGUUAGUGCUGUGGGACAAGUAGUUUCCGGUCGAUUCAACGUUGAUCCACCUGGAUUCGUGGAUCGUCUCAAUUCAAAUCUCCCUAAUCAGAUUAGGAUCUUCGGGUAUAAGCAUGUUACGCCGUCGUUUAGCUCCAAAAAGUUCUGCGAUCGAAGAAGGUAUGUGUAUCUGCUUCCAGUGUUUGCUCUUGAUCCAAUCUCGCAUCGUGAUAGAGAAACAGUAAUGGCUAGUUUGGGUCCAGGAGAGGAAUAUGUUAAGUGUUUUGAGUGCUCAGAGAGAGGUCGUAAGAUUCCAGGUCUUGUGGGUAAUUGGAAAGGUACCAACUUUGUUACUAAAUCAUUGGAUUUUCAGUCAGACAUUUUGUCGAACAACUCUAGUGCAUUAAGAACUGAUGUCAAGAUUGAAGCUUUGAGUUCUAAUUUAGCUAGCUUAAGCUCAGUAGAUGUUGAAGUAGGUAGUAUACAAGAAGACAGUUGUAAAUUGAAUACAAAUUCAACAGAGAAGAUCAAUGGAGAAGGAAAUGUGAUGGCUGAGACAAAGAGCAAGUUUUGUUAUGGUGAAAAGGAAAAGGAAAGGUUCAAUAGAAUACUAAGUUGUUAUGUUGGAUCAUAUAAUUUCCAUAACUUCACUACAAGAACAAAAGCAGAUGAUCCGGCUGCGAAUCGUCAAAUCAUCUCCUUCACUGCUAAUACUGUUAUUAAUCUUGAUGGAAUUGACUUUAUUAAGUGUGAAGUCUUAGGCAAAAGCUUUAUGCUUCAUCAGAUUCGAAAGAUGAUGGGUCUUGCUGUUGCAAUCAUGAGGAAUUGUGCUUCUGAAUCACUUAUCCAGACUGCUUUCAGCAAGGAUGUGAAUAUUACUGUACCAAUGGCACCUGAAGUUGGACUCUACCUCGACGAAUGCUUCUUCACGUCUUAUAACAAAAAAUUUGAAGACAGUCAUGAAGAAGUGUCCAUGGAAGCAUACAAAGAAGAAGCUGAAGCAUUCAAAUUGAAGCAUAUUUAUUCUCAUAUCUGCGCCACAGAGCGAAAAUAUGGAAAUAUGGCUCUUUGGUUACAUUCCUUGAACUAUAGAAACUAUCCAGACCUAAAUUUUGGCAGUCAUGGACAUAAUAACAGAGUCCAAAUUUCUUGUUCAGAAGAAAGUUGAUGAAACCGACCACGAGGAAGAUAAGUCAUAGUCUCUAAGCAAAAUGAUGGAAGCUUAGUUUGAAGAUCAUUGUUUUUGUUCUUAUCAUUCAACAAUGUUGGUUAACUAUUCUUGUAACUUUUUUAAUCAAUGAUCAAUGUUGGUUAACUAUUCUUGUUAACUUUUUAAUCAA